UCUCUAUUCAUAUACCUUAGAUAAGUUCUCUUCUUCUCGACAACUCAACGCAGCAGAACAAAAUGGAAUCGCCAGAGUCUUCUUAUGUUUCUUCCCCAGAGGUGCAACCGAAGCGAUCUGGACCUCCAAAGUCCCCUCCUCGAGAUUACAAGGAGAAGCCUACAUACAUUAGAUUCCUUGUGUCAAAUGCGGCUGCUGGUUCUGUCAUUGGAAAAGGUGGUUCCACCAUUACUGAGUUUCAGUCACAAUCUGGAGCUCGGAUUCAAUUAUCACGCAAUCAUGAAUUUUUUCCUGGAACAUCUGAUAGGAUAAUCAUGAUAUCUGGAACAAUUGAUGAAAUCCUAAAGGCAAUGGAACUAAUUCUUGCCAAGUUACUGAGUGAGGUUCAUGCUGAAGAUGGUGACGAUGCCGACCCCAGAUCAAAAGUGAGGCUUAUAGUUCCAAAUAGCUCUUGUGGUGGCAUAAUUGGGAAGGGUGGAGCUACCAUAAAGUCAUUUAUUGAAGAUUCCCAGGCUGGUAUCAAGAUAUCCCCUCAGGAUCAUAAUUAUAUUGGACUGAAUGAUCGUCUAGUAACGCUGACUGGGUCUCUGGAGGAACAGAUGCGGGCAGUCUUUCUGAUUUUGUCAAAGCUAACUGAAGAUGCUCAUUACUCACAAUCUGUGAGUGCUCCAUUUUCAUAUGCAGGUGUCAACUUCUCUGGUUUUCAUGGUAUUCCAUAUGCGUAUGUGCUUCCUUCAGUUGGAUACAAUACUAUAAACUAUGGACCAAAUGGCUCAGGGGGAAAAUUUCAAAAUGGCAAGGAUGAUCGAGGCAAUUCUGUGACAAUUGGUGUCGCAGAUGAGCAUAUUGGUGUUGUUGUUGGUCGUGGUGGAAGGACUAUAAUGGAGAUUAGUCAGGUUAGUGGGGCCAGAAUCAAAAUAUCAGAUCGAGGGGAUUUCAUGUCUGGCACCUCUGACAGGAAAGUGACAAUCUCAGGGUCACAGGGAGCAAUCCGUGCUGCCGAAGCUAUGAUUAUGCAGAAGGUUGCUUCUGCUGCAGAGAUUUGAUGGGUGCAUAUUUCAUAGCUCUGUAGUUCUACUUCAUUAUUUUUCCCCUCCCUUUUUCCUUCAUUAUUGGCAUUCAUUAGUGGACAUGGGGCUUAAGAUUCUUUUAUAUGUGACUUUGGGGAAUGGGGACUGUCUGUAUAUGUUCUCCUCUGAUAGAUAAAGUCUGAAAUCUUUUAUAGGAAGAAAGAAGAACAAAGAGUUCAAAUGGUGGAAGAAGAAAAAGGGAAAAGUUUCAAAAUGAUUACAUUGUAGAUCUUUCAUUGAUGAAAUUUGUGGGCAUUUCUCUCUUGGAUUAGGGUACAUCUAGCUUGUUAUGGAAUAUAAAAAGAUUUAAGAGUUUCCGUUGAAAAGACUUUAUAAAGCGGCUUCUUUCAGUACUUUCAUUUAAUGUAAUUGUUGUUGGCAUAUUCCCUUUUGUACAAUUUGAGCUUCUGAGAUUUUCUGGUGGUAUAUUUAGAUAAAUAGUGAUCAUAUCUUUUGCUUUGG